UCAUCUCUAUUGGCUGAUCUGAGAAGCAAGGCCCACCCCCUUGGCUUUGGGGUUGGCUGAGGAAACAUCUUCCGGUGACCCACUUCCGUUACUUGCUGCGGAGGACCGUGGGCAGCUGGGGUCGGUGAAGGAUCCCCAAGAUGGCUGGGCGAAAACUUGCUCUAAAAACCAUUGACUGGGCAGCUUUUGCAGAGAUCAUACCCCAGAACCAAAAGGCAAUUGCUAGUUCCCUGAAAUCCUGGAAUGAGACCCUCACCUCCAGGUUGGCUUCUUUACCUGAGAAUCCACCAGCUAUCGACUGGGCUUACUACAAGGCCAAAGUGGCCAAGGCCGGCUUGGUGGAUGACUUUGAGAAGAAGUUUAAUGCCCUGAAGAUUCCCGUGCCAGAGGAUAAAUAUACUGCCCAGGUGGAUGCCGAAGAAAAAGAAGAUGUGAAAUCUUGUGCUGAGUGGGUGUCUCUCUCAAAGGCCAGGAUUGUAGAAUAUGAGAAAGAGAUGGAGAAGAUGAAGAACUUAAUUCCAUUUGAUCAGAUGACCAUUGAGGACUUGAAUGAAGCUUUCCCAGAAACCAAAUUAGACAAGAAAAAGUAUCCCUAUUGGCCUCACCAACCAAUUGAGAAUUUAUAAAAUUGAGUCCAGGAGGAAGCUCUGGCCUUUGUAUUACACAUUCUGGACAUUAAAAAUAAUAAUUAUACAGUU